AAUAACUCGCGUCCGCACACGCGGACUCGCGCGAAACAUGCGUGCAGGAGUGUAGCGAAGACGGCCGAAAAAAAAAGAAAUAACGACAAUAAUAACAAACACUCUCUGUCGGCAUUGUGGGAUUAACCGAAAGUUCGGGUGCACGAAGAGUCGAGUUUUACCUUUUUGUGCGCAUACACGAGUAUUCGUAUACGGAGCAUGAAACCUCAUCAGAACAACGGAUUUGCUGCCAAAAUCGAGUCCGAACAAGAGAACAACAGUAGCAACGAAGGACCCUACCGACAAUCGCCGGUGUUAUUGGAUCUGGACGAGAAUUCAAAACAGCAACAGCAGCAACAGCAGCAGCAGCAGCAGCAGCAGCAUCAGCACAGACUACACGAGGUCAACAAUGGCCCAGUACAAAAUCUGCACAAUGUCUGCAUUCAGCAAACCGCAGCCGCAGUAAACGCAGAUCCAAUCGACCCUAAUAUCACUAGCAGCAAACGACGCAAUACUCGCAAGCGAUGGCAUUACCCUUACGAGCAACAGCAGCAGCUUUAUCAGCAACCACCACCACUACAACAGUCACAACAACAGCAACAACAAUCGAUAGCUGAUAAAUAUUUAGUAAUACGAAUGCCAGAACCGAUUGGCGAAAUAGUCAAUUUGCAGCAGCAGCAGCAACAACUGCAUGAUCCAGUCAACGUGAAAGCUCAAAGAGAACUGUCACAGUCGGAAAAAGAUUACAAGAAAUCGGCCUGCGACCGCGAACGAACCCGCAUGCGUGACAUGAAUCGGGCCUUCGAAAAGCUGCGCGAGAAGCUGCCGACGAGCAAGCCCGGGGGCAAGAAGCUCUCGAAAAUCGAGUCGCUGCGCCACGCGAUCGAUUACAUCAAGAGCCUGGAAAAGGUCCUCGGCAUCGAGUCCACGUCCUACGAUUAUUCCACACCGGAUCAUCAUCAUCAUCAUCCUCCUCCUCCCCCUCCUCAUCAUCGACAUCAUCAGCUUCAUACGGAGCAGCAGCAGCAGCCGCAGCAGCAACAGCAUCUGCAUCAAUCAGAAAUUCAUCAUGCGCCAGUUGCCGCUGCCGCUGUCGACGGAACAUCGCCCGCGGCCGGAUACUUCAAUAACGCCAAUAAUCCAGCGAGCCACGGUCUAGGUGUUCAUCAAUGCUGGGGCGAAUCGUAUAUCUGUUACUAUACUCCGCCUCCAGCGAUGAAUUUUCCUGCAGCUCCAGCGGCCGCAGCCACCGCCGCCGGUACAGCAGUUGUCGAGCAGCAACAAUUUCACGCCGCGUCGGCCUACGCGCCCAACGGUAAUGGCCCGACGGCAAACGUCGUCGACGCCAACGGCAAAACUCAAUUAUCCUCGCUGGUGGGCGUUUAUCAAAGAUUAGAAAAUAUGUAGAGAUUCGGGGUGAGGGUGUGAUUCUCAUAAGACCCGCGUCGAAUAUGUAAUUUUUACUUUGUAUAUUAUUUUUUUUUUAAAUUUUAUAAAUACGCUUGCGUUCUGUGAUGGGCUUGUAUAAAAUCUGUGCAUGUCGAUUAUCUAAGGUACCUAUAUAUCUUAUAUAUUAUCGUUGAAAAUAAAUGAGUCAUUUAUUACUUAUUUGACUAUAAAUAUA